AAUUUCCCCUAAAAAAAGAGGGAAAAUUAUAAUGGAAGAAGACCAAACCACCACCGCCGGCGCCGCCACGAAGAAGGUUUAUCUAGCCAUCAACAUCCUCCUCCUCGCCGUCGGCAACUGCGGCGGCCCCCUCAUCAUGCGCCUCUACUUCCUCCGCGGCGGCAAGCGCAUCUGGCUCUCCUGCUGGCUUGAGACCCUCGCCUGGCCCCUCCUCCUCAUCCCCCUCCUCGCCGCCUACACGCGCCGCCGCCGCGCCGGCGACCCGACAAUAAUCCUCAUGCGGCCGCGCGUGGUUUUGGCGGCGGCGGCGAUCGGCACGAUGACCGGCUUCGACGACUACAUGUACGCGUACGGCGUGGCGCGGCUCCCCAUCUCGACGUCGGCGCUCGUCAUCGCGACGCAGCUGGCGUUCACGGCCGGGUUCGCCUUCGUGCUCGUGCGGCAGCGCUUCACGGCGUACACGGUGAACGCGGUCGUGCUGCUCACGCUCGGGGCCGUGGUGCUCGGGCUCCACUCGAGCGGGGACCGGCCCGAGGGGGAGACGAGCAAAGAGUAUUUGAUGGGGUUUUUUCUCACGCUGGCGGCGGCGGCGCUCUACGGCCUGAUUCUGCCGCUGGUUGAGCUGACGUACAAGCGGGCGAAACAGGCGCUCACGUACACCUUUGUGCUGGAGAUUCAGGUUGUCAUUUGUUUCUUCGCCACUGUGGUUUUGACGAUCGGGAUGAUCGUCAAUAAAGAUUUUCAGGCAAUCUCGAGAGAAGCGAAAGAAUACGAUCUUGGGGAGACAAAAUACUACGUUGUUCUCGUUGGCAUAGCCGUAUUUUGGCAGUGCUUUUUCUUGGGUGCAAUUGGAGUAAUCUUUUACUCAUCAUCACUUUUAUCAGGCAUCGUCAUCACUUGCCUUCUUCCCGUUACUGAAUUAUUGGCUGUUGUUUUCUAUCACGAGAAAUUCCAAGCUGAAAAGGGCAUCUCUCUCUUUCUCUCAAUUUGGGGUUUUGUUUCCUAUUUCUAUGGUGACAUCAAACACAACAUUAUGAAGAAGAAGAAGAAGCACAAAAACGACAAUGUUGAUAACAAUGUGCAGACUGAAGAAACACAAUUGGCUGAUCAAACUUGUAUACCUUGAUUGAUCAUUCCUUUUUCUUGAUGUUUAUAUGUAUGGAUUUGCUUACUCUGUUUGGUUUAGAUAUGCAUGUUAUGUGUCAAUCAAUGAACAUGUGUUGAUUAUAAUAAUAGAAUGCCUCAA